AUGGCUGGACGUUUACCAGCAUGUGUCAUAGAUUGCGGCACGGGUUACACAAAGCUUGGAUAUGCUGGCAACACUGAGCCGCAGUUUAUUAUGCCUUCAGCAAUUGCUGUACGAGAACACGGAGGCCGUUUUGCACCAGAAAAGGGACGAAUUGAUGAUUUGGACUUUUUCAUUGGUGAUGAAGCACUCUCGCCAGCUGCUUCUAACUAUAGUGUUAAGUAUCCAAUUCGCCAUGGAAUUGUUGAGGAUUGGGACUUGAUGGAGCGUUUCUGGGAACAAUGCAUCUUCAAGUAUUUGCGAGCCGAACCAGAGGAUCACUAUUUUCUUUUGACUGAACCACCACUUAAUACACCGGAGAAUCGCGAAUACACUGCUGAAAUCAUGUUUGAGACAUUUAAUGUUCCUGGAUUAUAUAUUGCCGUUCAGGCUGUCCUUGCUUUAGCUGCUUCGUGGCAAUCUCGAGGCGUCGAUCAACGCUCACUAACUGGAUUGGUAGUUGAUUCGGGAGAUGGAGUGACUCAUGUCAUCCCAGUUGCUGAGGGAUACGUCAUCGGAUCGUGCAUUAAGCAUAUUCCCAUUGCAGGUCGAGACAUCACCUAUUUCAUUCAGUCUCUAUUGAGAGAACGCGAGAGUGGAAUUCCGAGUGAACAAACGUAUGAAGUCGCUAAAGCUGUGAAGGAACAAUAUUGUUAUGUCUGUCCUGACAUUUUGAAAGAAUUCAUCAAGUACGACACGGAUGGGGCAAAGUGGAUUAAGACUUAUCAAGGAGUCAAUAAAAUUACGAAAAAGGAUUUCUCGUGCGAAGUCGGCUACGAACGAUUUCUUGGGCCAGAGAUUUUCUUCCAUCCGGAGUUUGCAAAUGCUGAUUUCACGACACCUAUCUCGGAAAUCAUUGAUAAGGUGAUUCAACAAUGUCCCAUUGAUGUGAGAAGAGGGCUUUACGAGAAUAUUGUCUUAUCAGGCGGAAGCACAAUGUUCAAGGACUUUGGUCGUCGGAUGCAACGUGAUAUUAAACGAUUAGCCGAUGCCCGAAUACAAUUGAGUGAAACUCUUUCUGGGGGACAUUUGAAGGCUAAACCCAUCGAAGUGCAAGUGGUUUCUCAUAAGAUGCAACGUUAUGCUGUCUGGUUCGGAGGGUCAAUGUUGGCUUCUACGCCCGAAUUCUACCAAGUGUCACACACGAAAGCUGAAUACAUGGAGAAGGGACCGUCGAUUUGCCGCCACAACCCUGUGUUUGGAGCGCUCACA